GUCCACAUAUUUUUACUAAUAUUUUAUUUUAUUGUUUUUUUUUUUUAAAAGUCUUCACUUUGUCAUAUACUCUUUCUUAUCUGUUUUCUCCUUAGCCUCAUUUUUUAAAAACCUUUCGUUUUCCUUCUUUAUGAGUACUGGUUCACUGUUUUUACAAUGCCAGCUAUAAGUGGUCAAAACCCAUAUCUUUGAUUGAAUGAAAUACUAGGGUUUCCUUUUUAUUUUCUUGUUUGGCCAACCCAUAUAGUAGUAUAGGGGGAAGGUGUAAUAAGGGUUCUUGGUUGUCCUAUACCAACCCCUUUUGGUUCUUCUUAAAUUUUUUGGGUUUGGGUUGGUGAGUUUUGUUCAUCACUUUUUAUUGGGUGCAAAAUCUUGGAGUAAUAAAGAGUUCUUUUUUGGGGGUGUAUAUAUAUAUAUAUGAUAAGUUUCUUGGUUGUGUUGACGGAAAGUUGAGAUCUUGAAAGUGAUAGAGAAGAGUGGUGUGUGUAACAAAAAGUUAAAGAUUUUUAUUUUUGGGUUUGAUGAGUUUUGGAGGCUUCAUUGGUAGUAGUAGUGGUGGUGGUGGUGGUUCUGGGGUUUCGAGAUUGGUGGGUGAUAGUCCAUACGAAGCCAUGCCUACUGCUACUGUUGCUCAGUCACAACUUAUCACAUCAUCUUUACCUCAGUCUAUAUUUAACUCUUCUCCACUAUCUCUUGCUCUUAAACCGAAGAUGGAAGGUGCAAGUGACAUGAGUUUGUUAGCGGAAAAUUUUGGUGCUGUUGCAAUGGGAAGGUCGGAUGAGAACGAUAGCAGGUCCCCUAGUGACCACUUAGAUGGUGGUGGAUCGGGCGAUGAUAUGGAAGCUCACGUUGGUAGCUCAUCGAGGAAGAAGAAAUACCAUAGGCACACUCCAUACCAAAUUCAAGAACUUGAAGCUUGUUUUAAGGAGAAUCCACACCCUGAUGAAAAAGCUAGACUUGAACUUGGUAAGAGGUUGUCGUUGGAAACCAGGCAGGUGAAGUUUUGGUUUCAAAAUAGGAGAACUCAGAUGAAGACCCAAUUGGAGCGCCAUGAAAAUUCAAUGUUAAAGCAAGAAAAUGACAAACUGCGCCUGGAGAACAUGGCAAUGAAGGAAGCUAUGAGAGGGCCAACUUGCCACCAAUGUGGUGGCCAAGCAAUUCUUGGAGAAAUACACAUGGAAGAGCAUCAUUUGAAGAUUGAGAAUGCUAGGCUGAGAGAUGAAUACAAUAGGAUCUGUCUUAUGGCGAACAAGGUUUUGGGCAGGCCUUUGUCAUCUUUCCCUAGUCCAAUGCCAGCUGGAAUGGGCAACUUUGGUUUGGAACUUGCUGUUGGAAGAAACGGCUUUGGUGCUAUGAACUCUGUUGACGCUGCAUUGCCAAUGGGACUUGAUUUUGGUAAUGGUAUCUCAAGUGCUACUAUACCAGUGAUUUCACCUAGGCCCAUCCCCAACAUGACUGGUAUAGAUGUAUCCUUUGAUAAGACUGUGUUAAUGGAGCUUGCUUUUGCUGCCAUGAAUGAGCUGGUUAAGCUGGCUGAGAUCAGUGGUCCUCUGUGGUUUAGAAGCUUGGAUGGAAAUGGGGAAGAGUUGAACCUUGAGGAGUAUGCUAGGUCUUUUCCUCCGUGUAUUGGCAUGAAGCCUGCCAACUUCACAGCAGAAGCAACAAAGGCAACUGGUACGGUGAUGAUCAACAGUCUGGCCUUGGUGGAGACUUUAAUGGACACAAGUCAAUGGGUGGAUACAUUCUCAAGCAUUGUUGGCAGAACCUCUUCAAUGAAUUUGAUCUCCAGCAGCUCGGGUGGAGGCAGGAAUGGCAAUUUGCAAUUGAUCCAAGCUGAGUUCCAAGUUGUAUCUGCUUUAGUUCCUGUCCGUCAAGUAAAAUUUCUACGCUUCUGCAAGCAACAUGCUGAAGGUGUCUGGGCAGUGGUGGAUGUGUCUGUUGAUGCAAUCCAAGAGGGUUCACAACCGCGUGAAGCUGGAAACUGCAGGAGGCUCCCCUCGGGAUGUAUUGUGCAAGACUUGUCCAAUGGAUACUCAAAGGUUAUUUGGAUUGAACAUAUGGAAUAUGAUGAGAGUACCAUCCACAAUUACUACCGCGCUUUCAUCAAGUCUGGCCUGGGCUUUGGUGCCCAACGGUGGAUUGCCGCCCUACAAAGGCAAUGUGAGUGCUUGGCAAUCAUCAUGUCUUCUACUGUGUCCAGUGGGGAUAACGCAGUUGUUGGUCCCAGUGGUCGGAGAAGUAUUGCAAUGCUGGCUCGACGCGUGACUUGCAACUUUUGUGCUGGGGUUUGUGGAACCUUUUACAAGUGGGAACCAAUCCAAUCAGGGAGUGGAGAGGAGACUAAGUUGAUGAUGAGGAAGAGCGUUGGUGAACUUGGUGAGCCUUCUGGUGUGAUGUUGAGUGCCACCAGGACCAUCUGGCUGCCGAUAACACAUCAACGUUUGUUUGACUUCCUGAGAAAUGCACAAACAAGAAGGCAAUGGGAUGUCUUGUUCCAUGGUGAUGCCAUGCACGAAAUAGUCCACAUUGCCAAGGGUCAGGAUCUUGGCAAUAGCAUCUCUCUCUAUCGUACUAAUGUGACUGGUAGCGAUGGUAAUCAAAGUAGUAUGUUGUACUUGCAGGACUCCUGCACUGAUGUGUCGGGUUCAAUUGUAUCAUAUGCAGCUGUUGAUACUGCACAAAUGAAUGUUGUGAUGAGUGGUGGAGAUUCCUCCUGCGUGACUUUCCUGCCAUCUGGGUUUGCCAUAGUUCCAGAUUGUUUUGGGAAUUCCAACGGGGUUACUAGCAAUGGAAUGCUUGAAAAAGAGGAUAAUGGGGGUAGGAACAAUGGGUCUUUCUUGACUGUGGGAUAUCAAAUAUUGGUGAAUAACUUGCCUGGAGGAAAUCUCACUAUGGAAUCGGUCAACACCAUUAACUCUUUCGUCUCCCGUACUCUGGGUGGUAUCAAAACUAUUUUCCAGUGCAAUUAAUCCUCAAGUUUGUAAUGCCAUUCGUUUGUUGGAUUGCAAGUUUUAGGUCUUUUUGUUUUCUGUGGUGCAUGUUAAGACGUCAAGUGUACAAGGUGAUAUAGUACAAGAGGAGGUUUGAGUCAAGAACGAACCGAGGUAGUUCCGUUCCUCAGGAGGAUGACUACACAAAGGCAGCGAGGAGAGGAGAUAGGUGUGGUUCGGGUAUUGACUUUGGUGCCCCUUUAGAUUGUUGUGUGGUAUGUUGUAAGCUUGCUGUCUGUUUUAUCUCUUGUUGGAAAAGAUACAUUACAGGGUUUGUUCUUUUUUUUUUUUUAAAUUUUUCCGUGUCUGAAUAUUAGUUGUGUUCUAUGGGUGGCGUUAUCAAACGCUCUAAACUCGUUUGGAUGGUUUUAAUAUAUAUUGGUUUUCGUUGUGUUA